AUGUCUGAACGGACACCACUUCUACCGACAUAUCAGCUGCCUAGCAGCGCCGGAACCGGCCUACCGGGUUCCAGAUCAGAAGAUCAUUCUCCCACCCAUAUUCACAAAAAGGGACACCAUCACUUGGGCAAACAUAACAAGAGCAGGCUGCAGCCGCCGGUGACAAAAUUGGGAACUUUUGAUGGAGUGUUUCUCCCGACUUCACUCAAUGUGCUAUCGAUUUUGAUGUUUUUGCGUUUUGGUUUUAUCAUGGGCCAAAUGGGUGUCAUUGGUACUAUUUUACUUCUUGUCAUGUCAUAUUUCAUCGACAUCUUGACGGUUUUGUCGAUCAGUGCGAUUUCCACAAAUGGAACUGUUCGUGGUGGUGGUGCGUACUAUAUGAUUCUGCGGUCACUAGGACCCGAGUUUGGAGUAGCUAUAGGUAUUAUUUUUUUCAUCGGACAGGUGCUCAAUGCCUCUUUGAAUGUGGUUGGUUUUAUAGAGCCCUUUUUGGAGAAUUUUGGCCAUGAGAAGGGUGCAAUGUGGCCCCUUUUACCAGUGUCUCCCUUGUGGCAGAUAUCAUACUCCACCAUCCUUUUGGCCGUGUGCACUGGAAUUGCCAUGGUCGGUUCAUCUUUGGUUUCCAAAACAGCUUUUUGGUUGUUUGUCGUUUUGACCACCAGUACUUUGUCAAUCCCUGUUUCUGCGCUAUUUGUUAAACCUUUUUUUCCAAUUCCAGGAAGCGAUCUCUUAUAUACUGGAAUAUCAUGGAGCACAUUCAGAGAAAACUUGUGGCUCCAAUUUACAAGUGGUGCUGCCGGUUCCCUGCAGCCUCCAGGGGUGCCCGAGACUUUCAGAAACAUGUUCGGAAUUUUUUUUCCAGCUACCGCGGGUAUUUUCGCAGGCGCUUCCAUGUCAGGAGAAUUGAAGAAUCCUUCGAGAGCUAUUCCUAAGGGAACUUUGUGGGGCCUUCUUAUCACUUUCAUUCUCUAUCUCCUUGUAAUCGUUUCAAUCGGUGCAUCCACACCAAGGGAGCUUCUCCGUAAAGACUUGGGAGUAAUUCAAACCAUCAACUUACACUCUUUGAUCAUUGUUCUGGGUGAAUUCUCGACCUCUUUAUUUUCGGUGAUUAUGGGAAUUGUUGGUGCAGCCUCCAUGUUGAAUGCGAUUGCCAACGACAAAAUCGUACCUGGCCUUCAGAUAUUUUCUGUGUCGCAGAAAUCAGAAAAGCAAGUCAAGUUGGCCCAAUUGUAUGGUAUUAUUUUCACUUGGUUUCUCGCGCAAAUUUUCCUCUUCGCUGACAUCAAUCAAAUUGCAACCUUUAUAACAAUGGCAUUCUCUAUGACCUUCAUGGUCACUAAUUUGGCUUGCUUUUUGUUGCGUUUAGGCUCGGCGCCUAACUUUAGACCGUCAUUCAAGUACUUUAGCUCGAAAACAGCGUUGACUGGAGGCGUUGCUUCAGUGAUUGCAAUGUACAUCUGUGAUGGCAGGUCAGCAACUUCCGUUAUCGCAUUCUUAGUUUUCUUGAUAAUGACGAUACACUAUUGCGCCCCUCCUCUGAAGUUUGGAGAUAUCUCUCAGCUUCUUAUCUAUCACCAGGUCAGAAAAUAUUUGCUUCGUCUCAAACUCAAUAUGAGUGUCAAGUAUUGGAGACCACAAAUUCUUCUCCUUUGUGACGACCCGCGUACCUCUUGGAACUUAAUUGGUUUCUGCAACCACUUGAAAAAAGGUGGUCUUUAUAUCUUGGGACAUGUUGUGAUCAUAUCAGAUGCGCAACUUGACCUGAAUCUGGACUUUGGAAUUCAAGCAUUCAAAGAAGUUCAACGCCAAAAGCUGGCUUGGGUUAAGCUCAGAGAUAUGGCUAAAAUCAAAGCAUUUGUACACAUUUCAAUUGGACCUUCUUUACCUUGGGGAGUGCGGAAUGUGUUUUUAGGAUCAGGCUUGGGAGGUAUGAAACCUAACAUCACCGUUCUUGGCUUUCAUGAUUUUGAUAAACAUGGCACACAGCAUUGUGGUACAAUUAGCAACAAAAAUCAGACUUUGCCUACAGACAAUUUGAGAAAAGAAAAACAAGUUUCAAUUUCGCAGUGGGUUCAAAUUGUUGAGGACUUGAUUAUUAUGCAAGCGACUGUAGCUGUUGCUGCAAAUUUUGGCAAGAUGUCUGUUCCGGAAAUGAAAGGUCUGUGGUUGUCUCAUAAAUUAGAACUGCUGCAAUCUUCAAAAAAAUACAUUGACUUGUAUCCUAUUCAAAUGUCAAAAAUGAGUCUUACGGCGGAUGGAAAAUCUGUUCUUUCUACAAAUUUUGACACAUACACUUUAAUUUUGCAACUUGGAUCGAUCUUAUCUACUGUUGAUGAGUGGAAGAAAAACAAGUAUACCUUGAGAAUCAUCGCAUUUGUCGAAACAAAAGGUGAAGAAGAAGAUGAGCGCUCGCGUCUUGAUGGGUUGCUAGAAAAACUCAGAAUAGAUGCGGAAGUCAAAGUUGUCUGUUUGAAUGAUGGCCUGUUAGAGACAUACAAUAUAAUCGUGUCUGGACGGCCAGUAAACAAGGAGAAGCAAGGCGUCUACCAACGUAUUACCAAGACUCUUCUGCAUGAUCAAUGGUGGAACAAUCUCGUAGAGUCAAGAAAGAUUGUUAAGGAAAUUGAGGCGAAUAGAGACAGGAAAAGAAACUCAAGCAAAUCCAGAUCUAUUACAAUUAACGAUGAGGUAUCUCGAAGACUCAACAAAAUCUCGAUCAAGUCACUCAGUUACGCAGACGACGAAAACUAUAGCAAAUCUUUGGGUAGCAAUCGAAGAUACACACUUUCAAACUUGCAUGGCCAAGGUAUGAAUUUGUCUUUGAGUAUGCGUGCCCAAGGUGGCGACUUUUUCUUUGACAAUGGAAACACAAUUGAAUCGAGUGAUGAAAGCUCAAGCGAGAGAGAUGUGACAACAACGGAGGCUUCGAGCAAUAAUUCGAGUUUGUUGAAUAUUCCUGUCAUACUGAUGCCUCAAGAACAAACCGUAAGUCCCGCACCACUGACUACAAGCAAUUUGGUUCCCAAACCGAAAAGCAAUAAGCUCAAUGGUAGACAGAAAGUCGCUCAACAAGCACAGAAAUCAAAUGCCGCUUCUGGACUUAAAAUGAUAUAUAAGACAGAUCCACCUGUCGCUGCGCCCAAUCUUCCUUCUCGUCCUCUGAAAGUGAACUUACGUCCAAACUUCCUGGCUGUGAAGAUUCCAAAAUCGAAGGUGCAAGAAGAUGAAGGUGAUGAUGCAGACAUAGAUGGAAAUGAUGAUGAUGAACCAGUCAAAUCCUCAAUCAUAUUUGUUGAUGAAGAAGAUGACGAGGAUACAAAAACUAGCCAAGUAGCUAAUUCUGGAGAAGAGGCCAAGGACUCGAGGUUACAACCAAUUCCUAAAUCGAGCAUUUUGAACAAGAAUUUCAAUGGACCUCAGAACGCAAAAGACAAUAAACUCAAAUUCGAUCUUGUGACGGAUCUGCGUGAGGAUCUUCGCGCACCAUCCAUCAUAUCUGUGGAUAUGCUUCACGAACAUAUCCAUUCACCUCACUUUAUGAGUGAAAGCGACGAGGAGCUGCCACUGAGAGCGUCAAUUGAUAAUAGAAACGAGAGGCAAUCAAGAGAUCUGCAAGUAACUUUCAAGAAGUUGCAACGAGAAUUGCAAGAUUUCCUGUUCAAUAAACUUCCACCAAAUGGACAACACAUAAUUCUCAACGAACUUAUGAGAAUGAACCUGAGUGAGGAAGAUACAGCAGUAAUUUUCUCAACACUUCCCGCUCCCGAGAUCGGCACACACUUAGAUCACGAAGAGAGUUGCGAGUAUACAAAUAGUCUUGCUAUUUGGCUUGAGGACUUGCCGCCGGUUAUGCUUUUGAACUCGCAAACGGUCACAGUGACCACGUCCUUGUAG